AUGGCGUCGUCCCCAAUCCUUCCUCCCCCCGGCUCUUGUCCUCUCCCUCUCCCCUGCACCCCCUUCCCACCUCGCCUACUUCUUCCGUUCCCACCUCAACCCAUCCUUCACCCCUUUCGACCUUCUCCACCUCCUCCUCUACCGCCUUCGACACCACCCUGGCCUCGCCCCUAUGACCUCAAUGUCUUCUUUUGGGCCGCCAACGUUAACUCCUUCCGCCACGAUCCCCGCACCUACGAGUGGAUGGUUCGCACGCUCCUCGCCACCAGUCGCCUCGACCCCCUUCUCCGCCUCCUCCCCUCCCACCCCUGCCCCUGCGCCGACGGUGUCUCCGCCCGCCCCCACCUCAAGCUCAUCUUUCGCUUCCCCCUCCGCGCUUUCUGCUGCGCUGGCCAAUUAGCUGACGCCGCUAUCAUCGUCAACGAUGCUCGCUGCUCUCUCGACGGCCACACAACCGACACCCUCUACAUCAUCCUCCUCCAUGGAUUCACUCGGUGGGGUGAUCACCAAAAAGCUCUCGACUUGUUCGACAAAAACAAUACCCAAACCUAG